UCCUUUAAACACCUUUUUUCAGCACAAGCUGAUUUUUGAACUUCACAGCAUGUAGCACUACAUGAACUGCAGUGCAAAAGUACUUAUAAAAACUAAACAUAUAACAUGUUUCUUACAACACAAUAUAGAUUUUUAAACUUCUAUAUAUAGUUGAAUACAAAUCAUAGUAAUCAUAGACCUGUCAAAAAAGAUGAUUCAAGCAUCUUGUCUAACAAUUAUAUUGCUAUUUUAUAUAAAAGCAAAUGCAGAAUUUCAAGGUGAAGAAUUUGUUAACUUAGCCAAACAAAUGAUUGCCUAUGCUGCUAACCAAAUUCUACAGAAGGAAGAAGAAUUAGCUCAAGAUAUUAGUUCAAAUUUAAUUCCAACUCUUCCAUCAGUUGAAUCAAUUCCAAAUUGGAUUAUAUCUAAUGAAGAAAUGUUAGUUAAAGCCAUUGAGAAUGCUACUAUAUCAGACGAUCCGACAAUGUUGAACGAGUAUGAACUUGCAGCAAAUAUGGUGAAUGUUAUUGCCAAUGAGAUCACCUUCCAUCAGAGAGAACUAAAUGAAGGAUCAUCAAUCACAGGUAUAUUCAACAAUCCUGCAAUUUCAUGGGCAGCAACAUGGAUUGAAUCACAGAAAGAUAACUUUGCUGAAGCUGUAGUAAACAAUCUAGGAAGAAGAUGAUAGAAGAUGAACAUUAAUUUCUAGAUAGAUCAUACAAUGUACUGUUAAAAAAGUGA